CCAACCAUGAUCGGCGUCGCUCUCACAUCGAGUGCGCGCUCACUACGUACCACACGAUCGCUGGGUUCCCUGCGAGCGGCCGUGGCCUCACCUUCUGCCAGCUCGGUGCCGCCUCUUCCCACUCGCUCCCUUGUCUCGACCGUCCUCCUCACCCGCGAGACCUAUGACAAGAGGAACGUAACGCAGCUCAAGGACGAGUGCAAGCAGAGGGGUCUGACCACUGGUGGAAGGAGAGCAGACAUCGUCGCUCGCCUGCUGAACGAUGAUGCGAGGCAGAACGGGUCUGGCCUGCGCGAGGAGCCGGUACCGGCCAAGGCAAAGGCGCACAGGAGGACAAAUUCAUCCCUCGCCUCCUUGCGUGGUGGCGAUGCCAAGGCGCAGUCGUCCAAGGGGAGCGCAAAGUCUUCUCCAUCAUCAACUCCCUCUCCAAAUGACUCCAACUCCACGGCACGCCACCCCGUUGGCCCGUCUCACACAGUCACAGGUGAGGGUGCCUCAAUUCCGCAGCCUGAAAACAUCAAGCCGGGUCAGGUAGCCCAUGCCGGCCAGCCACUGGGACAGGGCCAACCUGCCAUCUCGACAAAGGAGAAGAUGGACCCGGAUUCCAACCCUCCUGGUGUACCCCCACAGAAGGAGCCUUCUCACCAUCCGACGACUUUCAAGGUUGAAGUGCCCGUUGAGAUGGUCAAGGAGGAGCAUGGCCCCGAGAUUCCCAUCGUAACCAUGUACACCCGCCGUGAAGAGGAAGUGCCUGCCCCUCGAGGCCCGAAGCUGGUUACCGCCUCGGACACCUCGGAUGUCAGCCAUGCCUUUGACGCCACUCAUCACGAGGGAUCUGCGCCCAAUGCCGCUGCCCAAGCAAUCGAGUCAGCCGCACGUAGCUUCAAGGCCGAUGCGGGACUGAAAGGCAGCACGCUCGGCCCUCAGGUCUCCAGCGUUCUCAAGGCUACGGGAUUGGCGGAAGUGGGGCAGAAGGCUAGUGAGGCAGCAGCUGCUGUCGUGGAAGAUGCGAGCAAGGUGUUUGGGCAGGUCAAGGCCGCGGCGAGCAGCGAGGGUGGUGUUGGGGCUGGGUCGUUUGCGGGUAGCGGUGCAGGCGCUGGAUCGGCCAAGAGGCCUUUGAAUGCAGACGAGAAGAGGGGUGUGUAUGCUCUGGGCGCCAUCCUCUUUGGUGGGCUCUUCGCAGGCUCGUUGGGUGCGCCGGCGAAAAAGAAGGGCGGGGAGCAUCAUUAAGAGACAAAGGAUACGAAGCCCGCGUGACGAAUCACAGCGACGAGCACAGCAAUGACCCAACAUCGUAACAUGACAUUUACAUUGCUCCUGAAGCCAUCGAGAUGUACAAGAGCCAGGUGACCGGCAGGACCAUAUCCCCACCGAGGUGGGGAGGUAGGCAGCGAGCCAGUCUAAGUAAAGCCCUCCCAGAGUGAACUCAUUCUUC